AUGUACAACAUAUCCCUUCGAGAGAUGAACAUUUCCAGAUUCCCAUUAGGCGCUUUAACGCGGCCGCAGCCUUCCAUGAGACAGCUUCGUAUGCCUGGUGGGGAACAGCUAUACGUGCGCGAGGAUAUGGACGUUGAUGUGCAAUCCAUUUCGCAACCUGCUCAAACAAAAAUUCCAGUGAAGAGACACAUUCGAGUUCAUUGGAUACGGGUCGAUAACGAGGAAGAACCACCCCAAGAGAAGAAGGCAAAGAAGACGAGUCAAGGAAGUGGAAUUCUCUACGAUCUUCCAGCUGCUUUGAGGAAAAGAGUCACUCUCCCAGCUGAACUCGCCGCGCCAUCAGUUUCGUUCCGCAUGGCUGCUCAAGGAAUACCCAAAAAGGAACAAAUACUGGUGAAACCAUCAUUUCUGGAACCCAAAAUUUAUUUGAAAGAGAUCGUUGAAGCUUGUGUCGGCCAAGAUGAUCGGAAACGACAGCAAGCCCUGCAAUCGUUAGAACGGGACACUGGCAUCCAAGAGCUUCUACCACGCUUAUCGCGCUUGAUACAUACCUCUGUGCGUUUGCAACAUUGUCCACCGUUGUCUUUCAAUGCUGAUUUAUGUAGUGCGAAUGAUGAGAUCAAUUGCUGGAUUUCGCUGGCAAGACCUGCAUACACACUUAUAAAAGAUCACGGGACCAAAGAGACUAGACGACGAUCGUUUCGUGCUGUAAAGCGAAUAUUUGACGACCCGUCGUCGAGUUAUUCGAUGAUCUAUGGAACUAUCACAACUCUCCUCGAGUUUGCGUCACCGGUGGAGCGAACUAACUCGCACUUCGCGGCUACAAAGGAUUGCUUUACUCAGAAGAGCGGAUUGAAGCCGCAUAAUCCUCGCAGCGCUCCUUUUCAGAAACAUGAGCCGGCCUUGCGUCGACUUAUCAAGCAGGCGGCACAGGCGUCGAAAAAAGACCACCCGAAAGGAUAUGUUUGA